AAAAUGAAGAAGGCUUUGACUAAUUAGCAUUAUAUCAGGAUUUAAAUGCUCUUGUGUGCUAAUUUUAAAUAUUUGAUUAUUUAUUUAUGUUAAUAUAGUUGUUUUAUUGUUACUUUUAUUGUGCCAAAAUGAAUUCAUUGCUUUCUGUAAGUAUUCGUAGAAAGUAACGAUCAAACAGUAUUAGGAACAUUAUAUACCUGUCAUGCGGACAAUCUUUUUAUGUAUGUCCAAUAAAAGAAUUGAGAUAAUUAAUUUAAAAUCGCCUUUCCUAAUAUAUGAACACGUAGUUUUAAUUUCACGGCUAGAACAAAUUGAUAAGGGAUCGCUGACUCGUCGCUGAUUUGUGCUAACGUGCAGCCAUCUUGAAUGGACGUUAGACCAAAAUGGAAAUAAUUAAACUAAUACAAUAUAUAGUAUCUUUUAUUUUACUUACGCCUUCCGUCCAGUGCACCGGUCGAAAGCGUCAUGCAGAGCCGACUCACAUUGAAAGUUUAGUGGAUCGUCAGGUUAUCGCAAACUGGUUAGAAUGGACUGCAACUACAGCGUGUUCUGUCAGCUGUGAUGGAGGUUUCCAGCAGUCGAACAGAGAAUGUUCUACCGGUCGUAACAAGGACUGUGAGGACCACGGAGGCAGAUCAUGGACGAUCGAUGUUUGUAAUCAAAAGCCAUGCAGUCCAACCUGGUCCGAGUGGGGUCCACUGUCCUCGUGCCCUAAAACGUGCGACACCGGUGUUGUUAUUAGACGCAGGAACUGUUCCAGUGGUGUCUACAGUGACUGUGCGGGACAGUCGUACGAACUGCAACCCUGUAAACUCGCUGACUGUAUAAUAACAACUACGACAUUAAGUCCCAAGACAACACAAAAACCACCAUCCUGGUCCGAAUGGCAGAGUGUGAUCCCGUGUUCCACAACAUGUGGUCCUGGGUUUGAAGAACGAAAGCGAAAUUGCUCCUCUGGAAACAACAACGAAUGCCCCGGGUAUUAUUUCGAAGUCAACGUUUGCAACAAACGGUCCUGUGACGUUGAUGGCAUUUGGACACAAUGGUCUGAUUGGAAAACAUGUACGGUCACCUGUGGGGGUGGUGUCUCAUCCCGAAUAAGAGCGUGUUUCUACCCGGACCCAGCUCGCAAGGGAAAGCCUUGUGAAGGAGGUCCCGCGGAAACAAAUGACUGCAACACCAAUGUCUGUCCAGUUGACGGUAUUUGGACCACGUGGACGGCGUGGGGCGGCUGCUCAAAGUCGUGCGAUGGAGGGAGCCAAGCACGCUCCCGGGCGUGCGUAUUUUCACCUACUGCACCCCACGGUCUGAACUGUUCAGGAGAUGCCAAGGAAAUCGAGCCAUGUCAGUUUGCUGUAUGUCCUGCUGAUGGUUCCUGGGCGGACUGGUCAGACUGGUCCGAAUGCACCAAGACGUGUGGUUCCGAGGGAAUAAGGUUCCGUGCCAGAUCAUGUACGUUUGUCUUCGAUAGACCGCAUGGCGCAAAUUGUUCUGGCGAUGCCCUACAGCGAGAAACAUGCACGCUGAAAAAGUGCACAGCUGAUGGCACCUGGAACGAGUGGUCCACGUGGUCGCAGUGUUCUCACACUUGUGCUGGUGGGAAGAGGUCGAGAAGUCGAGUUUGCCUGUAUGCGCCUGGCUUUGACCACGGUCUACCGUGUCCGGGAGAUACACUGGAGUUGCAGGAAUGUGGGUUAACAGAAUGUCCAGUUGAUGGCAUUUGGUCAUCCUGGUAUCCAUGGGGUCAGUGCACGGUCACAUGCGGCACGGGUCGAGCUGUUCGAAACCGCACGUGCAGUUUCUAUACCCGCUAUCCGGACACGCCGCAUGGUGAUGAUUGCGAUGGGGAACAAGCUCAAGCAAAAGAUUGCAACACACAGCUGUGUCCUGUUGAUGCACGCUGGUCGACAUGGUCUGCUUUCUCCACGUGCAGCCAAACAUGCGGCGGAGGACGACGUACAAAAGAACGUCAAUGUAUUUAUGACGAGGUCGCCCCAAUCGGUCUUAACUGUACUGGCCAGUCUACAGUAACAGAGGAGUGUAGUACAAACGAGUGUCCAAUUGACGGUAUUAUUCAACCCUGGAAUUCCUGGACCUUUUGCUCCGCGAGCUGUGGCGCAGGGGUCCACACUCGAACACGGGACUGCUACUUUCCUCCAAACAGACCUCAUGGGGCUGACUGCUCUGGGCCACUAAAUGAGACGGCGCCUUGUAACGUGGAGUCUUGCCCUACCUCUACAACAACACCACCGACAACAACGCUACCGACAGCUGAUGGCCACUGGUCAAACUGGACCUCAUGGACUAUGUGCACGCUAACCUGUGGGGGCGGGCAACAGUAUCGAGAGAGGCAGUGUACUUACCCUGACCACACCUUACAUGGACAAUACUGCCCGGGGCCCAAAAAUCAAACGCAGGAGUGCAAUUCCCGGAACUGUCCAGUGGACGGCAUUUGGACUCAGUGGUCCGCUUAUUCCAAAUGUUCUGUUUCUUGCGCAAGUGGUUUCCAAACCAGGACAAGACAGUGCCAGUUCGAUCCAAGGUAUGACAGGGGCAAUAGCUGUCCAGGAAAUGAUACAUCUACUCAGUUAUGUGACAAUGGACCUUGUCCUGUUGACGGUGUGUUCGAAAACUGGAGCACGUGGAACGCUUGUCCGGUCACGUGCGGUGGAGGAAUACAAGAUCGCGUGCGCGUCUGUCACUUCCCACCUAACGUUCCCCAUGGUUUGGACUGUUUGGGAAUCUCGCACGAGAACCAGACAUGUGGAAAUUCAGAUUGUCCAGUCGAUGGAGUAUUAACGGAAUGGUCACAGUGGGCCGACUGCACCCUAACUUGCGGAGGCGGCUAUAGAUUUAGGAACAGGACAUGCUACUUUCCACCCGACAAACCACACGGCCAUGAAUGCGUUGGAAACUUAAAUUUGUCCAGAGCCUGCUCCUCUCAAUCAUGUCCAGUGGACGGUGUUUGGAACGAUUGGGCAUCAUGGGCCACGUGUUCUUUGACCUGCGGAGGAGGGUCACAGAAGAGGACGAGGAAGUGUCACUAUGACAGUCACCGUCAUGGGACCCCAUGCGCCGGACCAGACACGGAGACGAGGAAUUGUAGCACCGAUCACUGCCCAAUUGAUGGUAAUUGGAACACUUGGAACUUAUGGACCUCAUGUUCGGUUACCUGUAGCAACGGAACAAAGUCUCGUGCUAGAGAAUGUUAUUUUCUGCCAAAUGAGCCCAAGGGCAACAACUGCUCUGGGAGCGCCAACGAGACUUUGGAUUGCAAUCUUGGGUUAUGUCCAGUCGACGGUGUGUGGCACAGCUGGACAACGUGGUCUACAUGCACAGUCACCUGUGGAAACGGCACAUCAUCUCGUGACAGAGUAUGUGAUUUCCCGGACAAUACGCCGCAUGGACGUAACUGCACAGGAAGCAACUCCGAUGCGCGCUCUUGCAACUCUGAGAUAUGUCCAGUUGAUGGCAACUAUACUGACUGGGGCUCGUGGUCAGUUUGCUCAAAGACAUGCGGGGGUGGCAGCCAGGAGCGCAACAGGACAUGUGACUACGACCCAGUGGCGCCACAUGGCAACAACUGCUCAUUACUGGGUGCAAGCAGCCAAAUACAAGCAUGCAUGACAGAGAAUUGUCCAGUAAACGGAAUCUGGUCGUCCUGGAGCAACUUCACCGCAUGCACGGUGACCUGCGGCGGAGGAACUCGAGCACGGCUGAGGAAGUGCGAAUUUACACCGGGAUACCCACAAGGAGAAACUUGUGCGGGUUUCAAUAAUGAAACACAGCAGUGCAACACUGACCUAUGUCCAGUUGAUGGUAAGCUGUCUGCCUGGGGUAGCUGGGACGCAUGUUCAAAGAGCUGUGCGAAUGGAACUCAAAGCCGACACCGCACAUGCGAUUACUCGCCUCCCACCGCUCCUCAUGGCAAAGCGUGCAGUGGUUCCUUAGAUGAAACCAUAAGAUGCCAUACAGAAAAAUGUCCAAUUGCUGGUCACUGGUCGUACUGGACAAACUUCACUGCGUGCAGUGUGACCUGUGCUGGCGGCACGCAUACAAGGAAUCGAACCUGCAUAUUCGAUGAUCCGGACGCACCCCAUCUUUCGGAGUGCUUCGGAAACACCAUGGAUACACAAAACUGCAACACACAGCCGUGCCCAGUGGACGGUGUUUGGGGUAACUGGGGCUCCUGGCACACGUGUACGGUCACCUGCGGGGGUGGACAGAAGGUGAGGGACCGAACGUGUGACUUUCCGCCAGGAGUGGACCAUGGGAGGAACUGUACCGGACCGGAACAUGAAAUUGAUCAAUGCUCCAGCGAUCUUUGUCCAGUUGACGGACAAUUUACACCAUGGAGUGCAUGGACACAGUGCACCUACAGCUGUGGAAAUGGUGAUCAGACGAGAAUACGGAAGUGUGAGUUCAAUGGAGGACCGCCUGGAACAAACUGCACUGGAAGCUACAGUGAAACACAGUCUUGCAGUCCGAACCCAUGCCCUGUGAAUGGCGACUGGUCGCCAUGGAGCGGCUGGGUGACGUGUUCCGUUUCCUGUGGAGGUGGAACAACGUCACGUAACCGAACGUGUACUUAUGAGACGGGAAAACCACGUGGCGAUAACUGUACCGGUCCGACUAACGAUUCAAAGACCUGUGAAACAGAUCCAUGUCCUGUUGACGGCACAUGGGGUCAGUGGUCACAUUUCACGCCAUGUGUCGAAACGUGUGGAAAUGGAACCAAGACGAGAAAUAGGACAUGUGAAUACACCGCUGGGCAUCCGCAUGGCAUCGCAUGUCCAGGAACUGACAAAGACGUGCAGUACUGUAACACCGAGCCAUGCCCAGUGGAUGCUGUAUGGGUGCUGUGGACUGAUUGGACAGCUUGUAACGCCACCUGUGGUGGAGGCAGCAGAAACCGUACCCGGGAGUGCAAGUUCCCAACUCAUCAACAUGGAAACUACUGUGUUGGAAACGCAACAGAGACUGAGACAUGUAGCCCCAACCUAUGUCCAGUCAACGGUCACUGGAGUGCGUGGGGUUCAUGGACAGCAUGUUCUGUGAGCUGUGAUAUCGGACAACACACCAGGAACAGAACUUGUGAGUACGACAAAGUGGCGCCACAUGGGGCAAGAUGUCCUGGACAAGACCACGAGACGGCGUUCUGCUUAAUAUCUUACUGUCCACGUGAUGGAGUAUGGACUGGUUGGUCUCAAUGGAGCACGUGCUCUGCAACUUGCGGUGAUGGUUUAGAAACUCGAGGGAGGAAGUGUGUUAAUCCUGUUCCUUCAGCACCACUUGGCAAGGAUUGCGAAGGAUCAGUCAACGAAACACAGAUUUGCUCCAAUACUACGGACUGUCCAGUUGAUGGUUACUGGAGUGAAUGGGCAUCUUGGAGCACGUGCAGCGUUACCUGUAGCCAUGGCGACCGCUCUAGAAACCGCACGUGCUUGUUCGAGCAGGGCAAGCCCCGUGGUCACGAUUGUGUGGGACAGGACUUACAGACAGGCAGUUGUACAGAGAGCGAUUGUCCAGUUGACGGUGUAUGGAAUACAUGGGCGGCGUGGAGCAUAUGCAAUGUCACUUGUGGUGGUGGAACAAAGCAUCGGAUGCGAGAUUGCUACUUCCCUUCAAGUGCGCCACCAGGACUCUAUUGUAUAGGUGAAUUGGCUGAGAAAACAACGUGUAACGAAAAUUUAUGUCCAGUUGACGGCGUUCUGGAAGAAUGGAUGGCUUGGACAACGUGUUCAAAGACAUGCGGCGGUGGCAGCCAGACACGUAUAAGAGACUGCACGUUUCCUGGACUAGGACCACUUGGAAAACCGUGCAAUGGACAUACUAAUGAAUCACAGCCGUGCAACCCGCAAGUCUGUACGGUGGACGGUAUUUGGUCAUCUUGGUCGCCGUGGUCGGCAUGCGACGUCAAGUGUGGCAACGGGACCCAGUCCCGAACCAGAAACUGCACGUUUCCACCAGACGCUGUAAAAGGAAAGAAUUGUACGGAUGGCAUUGACAAUGAACAACAGCCGUGUUCAACACCGAUAUGCACCAUCGAUGGUUACUGGAGUGAAUGGGCAUCUUGGAGCACGUGCAGCGUUACCUGUGGCCAUGGCGACCGCUAUCGAAACCGCACGUGCCUGUUCGAUCAGGGCAAGCCCCAUGGUCACGAUUGUAUGGGGCAGGGCUUGCAGACAGGCGGUUGUACAGAGAGCGAUUGUCCAGUUGAUGGUUACUGGAGUGAAUGGGCAUCUUGGAGCACGUGCAGCGUUACCUGUGGCCAUGGCGACCGCUCUAGAAACCGCACGUGCCUGUUCGAUCAGGGCAAGCCCCAUGAUCACGAUUGUGUGGGACAGGGCUUGCAGACAGGCAGUUGUACAGAGAGCAUUUGUCCAGUUGAUGGCUACUGGAGUGAAUGGGCAUCCUGGAGCACGUGCAGCGUUACCUGUGGCCAUGGCGACCGCUCUAGAAACCGCUCGUGCCUGUUCGAUCAGGGCAAGCCCCAUGAUCACGAUUGUGUGGGACAGGGCUUGCAGACAGGCAGUUGUACAGAGAGCGUUUGUCCAGUGGACGGCAUUUGGUCAUCUUGGUCGCCGUGGUCGGCAUGCGAUGUCACGUGUGGCAACGCGACCAAGUCCCGAACCAGAAACUGCACGUUUCCACCAGACGCUGUAAAGGGAAAGAAUUGUACGGAUGGCAUUGACAAAGAAAACCAGCCGUGUUCAACGCCGAUAUGCACCACUACUACAACAACUACCACAACAACCACAACAACUACACUCCCCACAACGACUACCACUCAAGCAACUACAACCCCCACCACCACCACGACUACCACAACGCCAGCUUCAAAAACAACAGUACCCACAACAGCAUCUACCACGACGCCAGCACCACCUGCACCAUCGCCAACUGUACCAUCAACGCCAAUGCCAACAACAACAACAACCAAAGCAACAUCAACUUUCACUUCUGUAACAGCUGCUGCUACAACUACACAAACAACAACAUCUACUGCUUUGCCAACAACUACUACUACUUCCGAAACUACUACAGCACCAACUUCUGCGGACACACGAAAAUGUCACGUUUGUCGCGGGACACCACAGAUCUGCGAACAGCUGUACGUGCUGCAGGAAUGUCCAGCAGACAAACAGUUCUGUAUCAACGAACUGACCAACAAAGAGGAUGCCUCCAGAACUGUCAACAGAAGAUGUGGAACCCAAAAUGAAUGCGACAGCGGAUGGUACCAAACAUAUUCUGAUGACGACAAGUGCACCCAAUUCGACGAGAACCUGGUGUACACAACGGAUUUCUACUGUGAAUAUUGUUGUAACGAGGACGGUUGCAACAAAUUGGUGAAUCCGCCAUCUCCGUGGUCGCCUUGAUCAGUUAUUGUAUUACAUCCGAAAAAAUAAACAUUUAGAAUGUUAAA